AUGUUGAGAUCUUUGUCAUUAGUCAAAAUUCUUCGGAAUUGUUCGCUUCAAUCAAUCAGAUACUUUGAGAGUUCAACACAAUCGUCAUCAUUUUCUCCUGAAUCAUCAGCGAAUCCCAUUCCUCAACAAUUACCAUUAAUCGUCAGUCGACAACUUGAAUAUCCUCAUACGCGCUAUCCACCAUUACAAGCAUGGCUUGAAACUCUUGGACAGAAACGUGAUGAUAAAUUAGGUAUUGUUGAUCUACAUCCAUCAAUUUGGCAAACUUCGCCUAGACUGGACAUUCUCUAUGAAAAUAUAGAAUGGCAAAAAACUUAUAAAAAGAUCGAUUGGGCGUACACACCUCCACACCAUGAAUAUCCUAGUAUGAGAGGAAAGCCGUGGCCACAAAAAGGAACUGGUCGAGCAAGACACAAAUCAAAAUUCGAUCCACAAUGGAAAGGUGGUUAUAAAGUUCAUGGACCCAAAGGUCCAACAUCGUUCUUCUAUGUUCUUCCAAAAGAAAAACGUGUCGAAGGUUUGUGUACAGCAUUAACCGUCAAAUUACAUCAGAAUGAUGUCCACUUUGUUGAUUCACUGGAUUUACCGACUCAUCAACCAACAUACCUUCAAGAACUAGCUGAGGAUCGUUUCUGGGGACCAUCCGUGCUUUUCGUUGAUGAUACGGAUAUAAUGCCGCAUAAUAUCAUGUUUGCAAGCGCAAAAACUGAGGGAUUUACAUUGAUGCCAGUUUAUGGUUUGAACGUUUAUAGUAUAUUGAAACAUACAACGUUAGUGUUGACAAUUCGUGCAUUGAAUAAGAUCGAAAAGAAACUGUUACAUGCAUUACAUUCAUGCGACAAUCCAAAGGAUCAACCAGCACCACCGGACGAACCUUGA